AUAGACUAGAAACUAAAUAUCAAUAAUUAUGUUCCUUGCCUAUACCUAUCCUAUCAGUUGAGGACUAUUGUUUAAUGUUUGUACGUUUGUACUUUGUGUAUGUAUUCGUGAUCGUGAGUUCAUGACAAGCAGUUUAUGUGUAUUAUUUAAGGUGACAAGUUUUCUGUGAUUCUUGACGACACAAUCCACACAUCAAUAAUGCGGUGCUGCGUGCCUUUCUGCGAAAAUACUUCCGACAAUAUGUCAACAUCUGAGAGAACGGGAAUUACCUUUCAUGCAUUACCCAGUGAAGGCAAUCUCCGUACUGCUUGGCUCAGAGCCCUCGGCACACAAGACCAUCACCUGCCCGACCCUGCUGUGGUCUGCUCCCAGCACUUCCUAGAUGAUGACUUUUAUACAACAGAGAGUUGUGUGCGGCAGAUUCACUCUAAUGCAGUUCCUUCAAUAGUGCAGAUGUGCAUGAUAUGCCUGGACUCUGACAGCAAGCUGUCUCUAAUGAGUAAACACAAGUUGGAGGAGGCAUAUGAACAGCUGACUGGACUGUCUUUGUUUCAGUUGUGUCGUCGAGGAAACCUGAAGCAAACGCUCUGUGUGAUGUGUGCUCAGAGAUUGAUCAACUUCAGCAGAUUUAGAGACUUGAGCUUGAGAGCCCAUUCACUGCUGACGGACUCAGUUGAACAACAUGCAUCAAAUACUAUACAACACAAAGAAUUGAUGAACUGCAUAAGUGCACAUCUGAAGUGUAAUUUGACACAAACAACAUUAGGAGCUAACCAUUGUGACUUGUACAUAGAUCACACUGAUGGAGAGGAAUCUGUAGUGGGAGAUGUUGCAACAGUUGUGGUGAAGAAUGAAAACAGUUCUGACUCCAUGUCGAGUGCUGAUAACUUGGAAUUGGCACAAGAAGAUGACAAUCACAUAGACAAUUCCAACAAUGAGUGUGCAUCUGAUGAUGAAUACUCUGACAUGAGCAUAGAGUUGGAGUCUAGGCUACUGGAUGAAGCUAUAAGUCAAGCUCUUCGUAGGAAAGCAGACCAUGUGGCCGCAACACAGAGUUCCAUAAAGAGUGAAAGUGAUAUCUUCCAAUGUGAAUUUUGUUUUGAGGACUUUGUGCAAGAACUUGCAUACAAGGAACAUAUGAGCACGCAUCUCCAGAGUGCUGGUGGCGGAGCUGUGAGCCGCAGCUGUGACUCACUCGUGCUGCAGAACAAGUCAGUAUACAACGACACUGCAUGUGCUGCAUCACAAGUGUGCGAGCCUCGUGCAGCUGUGAGCCGCAGCUGUGACUCACUCGUGCUGCAGAACAAGUCAGUAUACAACGUCACUGCAUGUGCUGCAUCACAAGUGUGCGAGCCUCGUGCAGCUGUGAGCCGCAGCUGUGACUCACUCGUGCUGCAGAACAAGUCAGUAUACAACGACACUGCAUGUGCUGCAUCACAAGUGUGCGAGCCUCGUGCAGCUGUGAGCCGCAGCUGUGACUCACUCGUGCUGCAGAACAAGUCAGUAUACAACGACACUGCAUGUGCUGCAUCACAAGUGUGCGAGCCUCGUGCAGCUGUGAGCCGCAGCUGUGACUCACUCGUGCUGCAGAACAAGUCAGUAUACAACGACACUGCAUGUGCUGCAUCACUCGUGCUGCAGAACAUCGGCCAAUCGUUCAGACCCGUGGGUUAUUGUGGCUGAACUUGCGUUGAGUGCUAGCAAACUCACAUUCUGCUGCUAUGUU